UUUCAGAUAGCUCCACCGUCAGUAUAAUGGUUAGGCGGAAGUGUUUUGGGACUGGGGGACGAUUUGCAGUGGUGCAGCCGGAAACAUGUGUUUGCUGAAUGUAACAAAUCGCCGAGUGUAUCAAUUGUGAGUGGGCAGCAUGGCAUCGUCGGGGGACGAUGGCAUGGAUGCGCUGUACGAUCACUUCAAGGAGAAGAAGUAUAAAGGAGGCUUCAACGAAGAUAACUGGGAAGAGGAAUUUGAAAAGAUUCCAAUGUUUAUGAAAAAGCCACCUGAAGAACUUGAUCCUUUGAAACAUCCAGAACUUGCCUGCAUCCAGUCAAUGUUGUAUGAUGAAGAUCAAUCUCCAGAAGAGCUUGCAAAAACAUACAAAAAUGAAGGGAAUCAUUACUUCAAGGAAAAGAAUUAUAAGAAAGCCAUCAUCUCUUACACAGAAGGGCUGAAGAGAAAAUGCAAUGACUGUGAGCUGAAUGUCAUACUCCAUACAAACAGAGCAGCAGCACAAUUUUAUUUAGGUAAUAAUCGAUCUGCACUAAAUGAUGUGAUUGCAGCUAGGAAACUGAAACCAAACCAUUUGAAAGCAAUUAUUAGAGUCUUAAACCAAAGGCAGAGACAGUGCAAUGCUGCAUGGAACCAAUGUUUAUUCCUAACCAUAGGUGUCCUUUGUCAUAUUGAACUGAAAAAUUACAGCCAGGCAGUAGCAUGGUGUGAUGAGGGCCUUCAGUUUGAACCCAAAGAAAAGCAACUCAUUGAAUUGAGAGCCAAAGCUGAUAAACAGAAGCGAGUUGAGGAGCGUAAUCUAAGGAAAGCAAAAUUGAAGGAGAAGAAGGAAAGGGUGCAAGCAGAAGCCUUACUGAAGGCUGUCAAGGAGAGGAAGAUCAAGGUAUUUCAGCCUCAGGAGUUGACCGGUCAAAACUCUGAUGAUGAUGAUGAUGAUAAGGAAGACAGUAGGGUAUUAAGAACUCUGUUUGACGGCAUAAACUCUGAGAAUGGCAAUGUAGUGCACUUGGAUGAAAAUGGCAACUUAAGUUGGCCUGUGUUGUUUCUGUACCCAGAAUAUGAACAAAUGGAUUUUAUCUCAGCAUUUCAUGAAGACUCACGGUUUAUUGAUCAUUUAUCUGUGAUGUUUGGUGAGAACCUCCCCCCUUGGGAUACAGAAAAGAAAUAUAAGCCAAAUAAUUUAGAGUUGUAUUUUGAAGGUGAGCAAGGAGAGGAUCUGUUCCAGGUAGAUCCCAUGUGCACUCUGCGACAGAUUCUGAGUCAUGACAGAUAUUUUGUGAAGGCUGGAAAUCCGAGAAUCAUAAUUCUAGUAAGAGGUUCAUCGUUCUCUAAAGACUUUCUAUCAGGAAAGAAGCUCCAAGCCAUUUGAAAUAAUAAAGUACUGAAGAUUUGGCAGCAACUAUUGAGAAAGAAGCAGUUACCAUUUCUAAUUCUAUAUGACUCUUCAAAACUUGUUUUAUUCUAGUAAAUUAGGAUUUCGAAAUGAAUAUUGGUGUAUGAUCAACAGUAGUAAAUAGAUUCUUUAGCCAAACAUGGACAUUGAUACCAUAUUUGAAAAACGUAAACUGAAAUGGGAGAACAAAUGAUUUGAUCACAUCUCAUCAUCAUCCCUGAAUGAGUGCUCCCCAGUCAAUACUGUCCUCCCUUGGAACUGCUCAGGAUUGCCUUCUACAUUUUAUUUUCAAGCUAAAGAUUCCAAACUAUAAUUUUCACUCUAGCUCAUUAACUGCAGUGAGAGCAAAGAGGGCGCAGAAGCAGACAGUAUGGUGGUGCACCUGUGUGGAACUCGACAGCAGUGGCAGCAAGAUUACAAAGAGCACAGAGUGCAGGGGUCUCAGUGGCAGACCUGGAGGGAACUCGGGACUCAGUUUCUGAGGUUGUAAGAAGAGAGAGUAGUGAAAUUCCAGAAGCAGAGAGAGUGGUGGCAAAAUUGCUUUUCAAAAUCAAAAUGUGAUCGAUUGAAAGGUACAAUAAAGGUCCAUAAUCUGAAGAGAUCCACGUUAAACUUUCCCUCAGAUUGAAAUUUAUCCAUUUACUGUUACUGUAAUUCCUUUUACAGCUAAUUUUAUACCCACAUUGCCACUGUCUCUUAUAAUAACAUAGCUUUCCAACAAGUCUGUGGUAUAACACCGUAUUAUAUACCUUCCGGUGAUCCAUGUACACCACAUUGACAUCAUGGAACCUUGCUGUGACCUUGAGAAAAGUCCAGAUUAGUUAAACAUGAUUUCCACUUUAGAAAUCCAUGCUGACAUUUCCUUAUCAAUCCAUAGUUUUUUAAAAUUACUAUUUCUAACACAAAUCAAUUCUGUCUGGAGGUUUCUCCACCACUGAAGCUCAACUAACUUCAUAACAGGUAAGGAUGGCAGAUUUCCUUACCUAAGAAAGACAUAAGUGAACCAGAUGGGUUUCUACAAUAAUCGAUAGCUGUUACAUGUCACCAUUAGUCCAGUUCUCUAAUCCAGAUUUCUUUUAAAAACUGAAAUUAAAUUUUACUGUCUGCCAUGGUGGAAUUCGAAGCCAUGUCGCAAGAAGAUUGGCUAGUCCAUUGACAUGAUCUCUACUCCAGUGUUAACUCCAAGGAAGUUAGCCACUCUUACCUUGUCUGACCCACGUGUGACUUCUGACCUACCGUACUGUGGUUGAUUCUUAAUUGCCCUCUGGGCAAGAAAUGUGGGCGUUGCCUUCCCUGAGCAAGUCAUUCAUCUCAAGGACGAGAGGAAUGGGCGACAAAUCCUGGCCUUGCCAGUGAUACCCUCAUCACAAAGAACAAAAUUAGUAUCAGAACCUUGAGACAUCAAAAAAAAAACACAAACUGGAAAAGUGCAAUAAUGGAAAGGCUAACAUAAUAUUCUUACAAUACUGACAGCUUUAUCAACAUUAGAAAAGCAUUUAUUAGUGUUUGUGAUACAAUAUGUUCAAUCUAUGUCUUAUACAAAAUUACAUAAUAUAUACACACUGACUGCCUAAAGUGUUAUGUAUUGUCAUUAAAUUGGUAUGAUCUAGGUUAAAAUUUAGAAGAUAAAGAAUUAAGGGGUGGAGUAGGGUAUGGCACUGUUUUGAAUUUUGUGGCUAGGCGCAUGGACCACAAAUCUCUUCCAAUUUUCUAACUUCCUAGGAAGGCUAUAUGUAAGCUAUUCUAAUUCCACUUACAUCAGUGUCAGGCUAAUUAAUUGAGUCCAUAAUUAGCAAGGAUUCUCAUUGAUAAAGAGCAUAUAAAAAUUCAUUUACAAGAUUAUAACAUACACUCGAAAAUUCCCCUUGGUUGUACUCAGAAAUCCCGUGCUGAGCUCCUAAACUUAUUCAAUGCCAUCAAUUUGUGGGUGUGGAAAAGUAUGACAGUUACAUAUAUGCAUUAUUACACGUAGUAAACUAUGUCAAGCUAUAACUGAACUAAACAUUUCGUACCCUACAGAGAAAAUAACUGUGGAUCCUGGAAAUCUGAAACAAAACUAGAAACAGCAGAAGAAAUUUAGCAUGUCCCACAGCAUCUAUGGAGAGAAAUCAGAGUAAACAUUUUGGGUCCAGUGAAACAUUGAUUCUGCUUUCUCUCCAUAGAUGCUGGUGGACCUGCUGAGGUUCUCCAGCUGUUCUGUUUUUGUUUCAGAUUUAUCACCGUAAACUGGUUUCACCUGAUGAAUUUCAGCAGUGUUUUCUUCUUAUUUAAAAUUUUCUGCUUCCCACUGAUUUUUGUUUUAAAAUAUUACAAAUAGUAGCACAAGCACAUUUUAAAAAAGGCAUAAUUAUUGGAGAGAUUGUGUUGGAUUAGCAUCCGCCAUCAGGCAUCACAGCAAAAUAGCUUAUUUUUCAGGCUUCCAUUAUUUGUAAAUGAACUUUUCACCAUUCGACACUGGGUCUUUAAAGGUCUUACUUAAAACACUUUCAUAAUGUGGAUAAAUUGGCUGCCAUGUAGUACAAACUUAUCCCAUUACAGAUAAUGCAACACAGGUUACAUAAAGAGGAAGUAUUGUGAUACAGGGUCAGUUGAUGUGAAAAUUUCUUAUAUUUGGGGUUACUCUCCUUCAGCUUGUUAUAGGCCUCUCUGUUGGUUGACAAUCCAAUAUCCUUCCCCAGCCCACAGCUCUGUUCAAUCAGAUGCAUGUCAGCCAUGAUUUCAGAAGUUAUCUUACCAAACCAUUGUGCAUUGAGCCCAGCAACAGUCACACAGAUGAAAAGAACAAUAAUCUGUAAAAGAAAUUGCAUGUAAGCAUUUUGAAUUACCAUUCACUGACUGCAUGAUAUACAUCAGUCAGAUGUAAUACAAUAUCUUCUAAGCUACCAAUUUGUUGAUCAAAUUUAAGGCAGAUUUCUACUGUGAGCUAAAUAUAAUCCAGAAUUAGCAGAAGGCUCUCAAAAUGCAUUUCAUUUAGACCUCAGGAAGACAAUGAAAACAGCAAAUUGAACAAAUUAUACCAUCUUCUUGACAUUUUAAUAUAAAUUAAAACAGUCUAAGAGAAUGCUGGUGAGCAUGCUUGUAAGUGUUUGAAUUCAUGAUAUAAGCAUUGGUAUCAGGGACCAGAUAAGAAACCAACCCUAUAUUCGUUAGCA